UAAAGAUGGCCGCUGAUGAUGAAAGUGACAAUGAAUUAACUUCAGAAGAAGAAAGACUUGUGCUUGAAUUUCAGGCCAUUACUGGUAAAGAAGAUUUUGAAGAAUGUAAACAACUCCUGGCUCAACAUCGUUGGGAUCUGCAGAUAGCAGUACAGGAUGCAUUGAACCUUGCUGAAGGCAGGGUGGAUGUUUAUCAAGACGAGCAAAGAGAUGCUUCCACUGAUAGUGAUGUAGAGCUAAUUGAAGAUGAGCCUCCAGGCCCAAUUAGGGAACCUGAACCAAUGGGAUUGUCAAACUGGAUUUUAUCAUUGGUUGCAUUUCCUUUUACAUUCACAUUAUCAGUGAUAACGGACCUCUACAGAUAUAUAGUUGAUCUUGUUGGACGUUCUAUUUUCGGAGCCGAUACAACUCCACUAGAAGAUGUACUGAAAUUUAAAGAAGAAUUUGAAACCAAAUAUGGAAGGAUUCAUCCUACAUUUUACCAAGGCAGUUAUAGUCAGGCUAUUGAGGACGCAAAAAGGGAGCUGAGAUUUCUCUUAGUAUAUCUUCACUCCUCAGAACAUAAAGAUACUGAACAGUUUUGUAGAACAACUUUGACCAACCAAGCAUUUCAGGACUACAUAAAUGGCAACAUGCUAUUUUGGGCAGCUGAUGUUCAGAGUCGCGAGGGAUAUAGGGUGUCCUGGGCUCUUAGAGAAACCACGUAUCCGUUUAUGGCUCUGGUUUGUUUACGUGACAAUAGAAUGAUGGUCGUAGGCAGAUUACAAGGUGCUAUGGAUGUAGAUAGUUGUAUGGCGAGACUAGCUCAGCUGAUAAACGACAAUGAAGCGGCAUUAGUUGCAGCAAGAGCUGAACGAGCGGAGAGGAGCUUUAAUCAAACACUACGAGCAGAGCAGGAUGCUGCGUAUUUAGAGUCACUAAGAGCUGAUCAAGAAAAGGAUAGACGGAAAAAUAUAGAGGCCGAAACCAAACGUCUCGAAGAGGAAAGAAAAAGAGACAAGGAAGAGUCAAUACAAAAUAAAAUUAAGGAAAUAGCCCGAAAAAGAGAAGAAGUUUCAUCAUCUCUCCCAAUUGAACCAGAAAGUAAUCAUCCAGACGCUGUUGGAAUCGUUGUACGUUUACCACACGGGGAAAGAAUGGAUAGACGCUUCCUCAAAACGGAUAGCUUACAGUCACUGUAUGAUUACGUUUUCUGCAAUGAACAAUGUCCUCAUAAAUUCAAACUGGUCUCGCACUUUCCACGUAAAGUUUUUGAACUUGCUGAAAAUAGCGACGCCACGUUAGAUGACGUAGGUCUGUCUACGUCAGCAACGCUAUACGUCCACGACCUUACAGAGGAGAAUAGCAGCGAAGAGGACUGAGUAGAGAAGGUAUGAGGCUGAUAGCUGUGAGAACUAAACUACAAUGAAAUCACGAUCUCGUAAAAAUCCACGAAAUCAUGGGCUUGGUAUUCAUUACUGGAAUACAGGAAUAAUGUUGUUGGUCGAUGGUGCUGUGGGAUAUGCGAAGUUGCAACCGCAUCCAACCACCUUUCUGUUCGGUUUUAGGUUUUAGUACUUAAUUUUUAGUUUGAAUGGCCCGAUUUAUACUAGAGACGUUUAAAAGAACUACCCAUUGAAAUUUGUCUAAACGAACUAUGCGGAUAUUAGUCUAGACGAACUAUGCGGAUAUUAGUCUAGACGAACUAUGCGGAUAUUAGUCUAGACGAACUAUGCGGAUAAUUCGUGUUGACGGAUGAUCCGUCUGUUUGCUCGUGUUUUUAUUUAUACACAGACAAACUAGAAGGCGAACUGUCUUUUGCUUGCUUGGGCAAGACGGAUGAUCCGUCCCUAGUAUAAACAUAGGUAGCCCAACAAUCGUAUACGCGAUCCUAUUGGUCAUGCAGCUUUGAUCGUUUUGUGAUGACGAAUAGGAUCGCGUAUACGAGUUUUGAAACUGAUGUUUUUGCACGGCAACAGGCAUCUCGCAUCGGGACACGACAAAUUUUUCGCAUAUUUUCAUUUUUUAAUCGCGUUUCAUUGCAAAAAAACGACGUACAAAUUUAGUAAAACUACCCUACACUUAGGGGCUGUUAUUUUUUGGCGUAUUUUAUUGAAUAGAUGUUAAUAUUUUGAUCAUAUUUAAACGAUGUAUAUUGAAAAUAAAAUAUUCUUGCCAACCUUAGGUAAUUAUAUACUAUAUAUACGUGAUCCGAGUGACGUACGUAAUGCAGCGCGCGGUCAAAAUGUAUUGAGACUGGCAAGAGUGUCUUGUUUCAUCAAAAACCUACCUAUGGUAUAAAUGAUAAAUCGUGCCAAUAAUGAGAUGCUUGGAGUUGUGCUACUCAUUCUUAAAUAAAUACUAGCAUAUGACUAAUGUUGUGAUUUUGUUGCUUGGGAAAACUUGCAUGUUGAAGUUAGUACCUCUGGCUUGAAACAGAUCGGAAACAGCAGAUCGGGAGGAUAAGGUUCCGAUAUUGUUCUAUGUGGUUUUUCGGACGAGUUGCAGCAAAAUUUUCCGCCUAACAAGGCCUUUACGUAGUCACAAGAGGUAAAAAUAAAAUUUACAAUUAUUAUUAAUAAAGUGCUAUUCGCUAUACGUAGAUAAAAGGUAUUAAUAAAGGAACGGUUUUUCGUUCGCUUUUAAAACCUGCAGAGUAAGGGACCGUUGGUAAGAUAUCUCUCUUAAUGACCCCAUCGAAGUUCUGCACGCUUAAUACCGAGGUAUGACUUAUAAGUUAUAUCAGAGAGAUCAGGGGAACCAGUCUAUUCGCAAACUUUAAGGCAUCAGUUAACAAUAAAUAACUUUUAUUUAAACUUUGGCUGAAAAUAACAUACAAACUGUUUCUACUUAUUAAAAUUGUGCGUUGGUGAACACUUGAAUACAGUCAGUUGGCGAACUGA